AUGAGGACCUCAUCUCUGCGCAAUGCCGUCCGCUUGGCCUUGAUGGCGAUGGCCUUCCUUGCGAAGUGGGCAGCACCGACGUUUUCCAUGGCUCCCACCCCUUCCAACGACAUGGAGAUGAGCUUCGGCAAGCAUCGUGGUCGCCUGAUUUCGGAGAUUGUCGAAGACGACCCCAGCUACCUGCAGUGGCUUCUGGGACAGGCUGAGGCUGCAGGACCGCAACUGGAAGCCUCGGCUCACCCUUACGUCUUCCCCGUCGACCUGGACGAUGGGCGUCUCCUUGAGAUCUCUUGGCGCAAGGGUGACGACCACGAGAAGGUGGCGCAUGAUUUCGUGACCGAGAAGGGGUUGCCAGAGGACAACAUUCCCGAAAUCAUCAGCUUCCUGAAGGAUAUCGAGCAGAACCGCGUUGGGUACCGUGUUGACGAGCCGGUCUCAGAGGCACCUUCACGCCAAUUGUUGGAAGUCGCAGAGUUCGUUUGGAAGCAUUUCCCGCAAGUCGAAGGUUUAGUCAGCUUCGGCAAGUACAGGGGCAGGGCGCUCUCGCAGGUGGUGCAGGACGAUCCGGAGUACUGCUCUUGGAUUCUUGAGACGGCCGCCAAAGCGGACUCCAGUGACCAGCUGCGGCAGGCUGCGAAAAGGAUCCAGGAGAAUCAUCCGGAUCUCGUGACCCAGCUCGAACAGUGGCCUGAGAAUGCGGAUGGACAAACGACUGUGACAUGUGGCAAGCACAAGGGCAAGUCCUUCCAGGCGGUGUUGCAGGAGGAUACAGACUACGUCUGCUGGCUCAUCGACAACAUCGGCGACGAAGCACGUAGCAAAAACCUUCGCGCGCUAAUCAGUUUCGCCCGGCGACAUGCAGAUUGCCGAGGUGGAGUGGAGGGGAAGCAGGCCGCGAACUGGAUCCAGGAGAAUCAUCCGGAUCUCGUGACCCAGGAUACAGACUACGUCUGCUGGCUCAUCGACAACAUCGGCGACGCUACAGGUGGAGUGGAGGUGAAGCAGGUGUGA